AUGACGUCUCGUCGCGGUCUCAAUUUGAUCAGCCGCUGGCAAGGCUUCACCUCGGGCCUUUUCAGAGCGAUCGUGUCAUGGCUGAAGCCCAUCAAAGCUCAGAAGCGCAUCCCCAACGCAGGAAUCAUCCGCAUAUCGCCACUUGAGAAAGCCAUGCAAGACCUGCACGGUGAUCAGUGGAAGGCAAGGCUCAGUAGACAACAAAGGAGUCUUGUAAGGUUGAAGGAGUUUUCACGCGCGAAGCGCCAAGAACGAUCGAGCGGCCAGAUCCGUCCUGCUCGCGACGAUGAAUACCAUGCCGAAUGGUACCAACAGGUGGAAUGGUGGAAGACCCAUCUUUUGAAGGAGCAGGAGGCUUGUGAUACAAGAGGAAAAGCCGUCCCUAAACCGGAACAGCCUGAGUCUCAGGCUUGA